AAAAAUCACACCAACAAUAACGAGACUAUCACCAUGGCGAUAUUGACCAUCAUUCUGCUUGUCAGCACGGCUUUUGCUCUGGGAGAUACUAUGAUACUACCUAAGCCCCCAUGUGAGGAUGCUAGAGAUUCCGUGCCACAUGGCCAAGUUGGAGCCUACAUCCCCACGUGUGACGCCGCUGGACAAUACACCCCUGAGCAAUGUUGGGGCUCUACAGGUUACUGUUGGUGUGUGAACAGUUCUGGACAGAAGAUCCAGGGUACUGACACUCCACCAGGCACUGCUAGAAUCAUCUGUUCCACCCAGAAUGGUGCGAUACGACCCAAGACCCCAUGUGAGGAUGCUAGAAAUGCUGCCGUGCCACAUGGCCAAGUUGGAGCCUACAUCCCCAUGUGUGACGCCGCUGGACAAUACACCCCUGAGCAAUGUUGGGGCUCUACAGGUUACUGUUGGUGUGUGAACAGUUCUGGACAGAAGAUCCAGGGUACUGACACUCCACCAGGCACUGCUAGAAUCAACUGUUCCACUAAGUCUAAAUGAGGCCCUGUGGUGGUAAAGGAGGCCCCACUAUAUAGUCCGACACAUCACUACUCUUGCUUCCUACCUUGCUU